AUGUUACCCCUUCUAAAAGCUCUUUCCUUAGUCGGAAAAGUAUUUUCAAGGCCUAUUGUAGUAAUAUUUAAAGUUGGAAUUUAGAAAAUAGGUGGCACUCCUCGAGAGACGCUUGUUAGAUGGGGAAAUAUAAUAUAUAACUGGGAAGCUUGGAUUAAUAGAAGAUUUUUAGGUUAUGAAGGGAAAGUGAAGGAGGUUUUAUUAAGUGAUGAGAAAGCGUUAGAAAAUUUUGCAAAUUUCUUUAUUGAAGUAGUUAUAGUAUAUGGUGUAAUAGGUUAUAUUACCAUUUCUCAGGGAAUCCAAAAACAUAGAGAGAUGUAAGAAGAGAAAGAAAGAAAAGAUAGACUUGAAGAAGAAGUUUAUUAUCUAAAUAGAUAAAAAAAUGAAAUAAAAAAAGAAUUAGAAGUAUUAAGAGCUAGAUGGGAUGCUUAAUAACAAAUGUGGAAUUCAGUUGUUUAAGGCUAAAACUAAAUUUUUGAUAAACAUCUCCAAACAUCUAUAGAAAAUUAAAUUAAUAUUGCUAAACUAAAUGAGAAAGUAUUUUAGAUGGAAACUAUAUUAAACAGAAUACACUGA